CAUAAAAAUUUCUUUUAGCAAAAGAUCAGUCUUUUGGAGGCAAGCGCUUGGGUGGGGUUCACACCUGGGAGUGUGUGUCUGGUCUUCUGAAGUGGGUCCUUCUGCAGAAGAAUAGGACACACUCUGGCCUGGGCAGAUCCCAGGGCCUGUCACCCUGGAGUGGGGGUGCAGCAGUGCUUUAGUGAAGGCUGAGUGGAUGUGGGGAGCUGCCUCUGCUCCAGGCAAGGCUGGCCGUGGUGUGAGGCCGGGCUCUGAGCUCGGAGUGAGAAGUGGAGCCUCUGGCCCAGAAAGCCCCGUUGGGAUGGUGGCGUUGGUUGUCAUCCAGCAGCUGCUCUUGCAGAAGGACCGGGGGUGCAGGCGGGGCCUGUUCCUUCUCACUCACUGGGCCGCUGCAGGAGGUGAGAUGCGGGCCGUGGAGGGGCCACCGAGGACCGGGGGGGCGGGAAGCCUGUCGUGGAGCCAGGCUGGCCCUGAGCCCCAUUCUCCGGACUCGGCCUUGCCGGAGGCUGCUGCGUUUGGUGGAUGCUCAGGACAGAUAUGGCUAGAGGGGCACUUGCUUUUGCCGUGUGAGGCCAUGUGGAGACAGAGAAGAGACCCUGGGCUGUGGAGGGGGCAGCGCCCAAGUGGGCCCGCUGGAGGGAGCGAGGAGCUUCCUGCAGUUCAGCCACCUCACGGGACUUAGAGCGAUACUGGCCAGCGUGGUAUUGGAUUAGGUUUUUAUCCGCCAGGAGAGAAACCAAAUAAACAGAAUAGAGUUACUUUGGGCCACUGGCCAAACGAGAAGCAGUUUGGAUCUGGCGACCUUUUUCUUUGGGUCCCUCUUCGCUGUGGAAGGUGUUGACUCGUAUUCCCUUUCAGAAUAGGAAGAACGGCUUCUUUUCAGAGCAGCAAAUAAGGAAAAGAAUGAAAGCGUCGGGGCGUCUCUGUUUCCAGAGGCUCCCCCGGGAGGAGCGUUUUUAUAGACACCAGACGUCCUCGCCAGCCCGGGCCAACUUUCCAUCCCGCGAUGCCGCGGGUGCCCCGGGUGCCCCGAGCCAGCAGGGGCCUGGGAGGCACGGACCCCUCCACCCGCCUCCGAAGCCAGCACCUGCCCCCCGCGGCCGCCCAGCUUCCCCUGUGACCACGAGCUCUCACGAGGACGCGCCACAGAUCCCAAACCUCAGCAUUUCCACGGACGAAUUGCACAAGGUCGCCGUCCUUGCUGCCUCUCAGGGCAGAGCAAAGCGCUCACGGCCGAGUCGGAAGCUGGGGAAGGAAACGCGACCCGGCUCCGUUGUUAAGGCAAGGCUGCGCUGGGAAGACCUCCCGCCCCGUCUGACUUUUGCACCCGUGGUAGCUGGCCCGGGUCCAAAGCAGCACGAGUGUGGUGUGUGUGGCAGAGGCUGUGCCUUGCUCCGACCCGCGUGUGCUGGGCGAGGGACGUGUGCUGAAACGCCUCGUGAAGCACUGGGCACCGCCGUGCUGCCGUCGGGUCCCUGGAGCACACCCGUGUCUGCGGUAGCCCCUCUCUCUGUGCCUUGACGCUCCGGAGCGGUCGCCGCAGGAGAAUCCCCGCAGCUGCGUGCUUGGGGACUGAGCCCCUCUGCUGCCCUUCGUCCAGUGGCCCUGGGGUCACCCUAAGAGUGUCAGCAGAGUUGGGAGCUGCCUUGAGUUGGAAUUUCUGGAGAAGCUGAGACAUUUUGGGCUGCAGUGUCAAGGGCUUCCUCAUUUGUGUCCGCUCCGCCUGCCUGCGCCCUGUGUCCUGGCGUGCUGGACCACAAGCCAUAGGGAGCCCAGAACGUGUGGGGGUGGGGGGUGGGGAGUGCACAUGUUCCGUGACCUUAAACAUCUGCCUGCUUGGAGGGGCUGCUGCUCUCCCACGGGGGGAAUUGCCAAGUGCCCCCAGAUUUUCUCAGCACAGAGGCCCUUGGUGUCCUGGGGGGUCCUGGGCCUCCCCCGCCCCCGCCCCCCAGCAAAGGCUCUACAUACACAACUCAGGGCGUGGAGGGGCCUUUACUGGCGAGGUUGUGGGGUUGGAGUAGCAAAGCCUUACGACAGGUUUCUCAUGUAACAAGUUGUCACAUGGCAGAGCUCAGGGCUGGUUGGGGGUUCAUCGAUGAUGCCUGUACCUGCAGCCUGGCCUGGAGCACCUGCUGGCCACCUGGUGCUGGGCCCAUGCCCGCUGGCCAGCAGACCCGCCCGGCUCCCUGGUGGAGGGCUCUGAAGUUCAUAGAGCCUGUCCUGUACCGCUUCCUCUGGGCCUGGGCAGCUCGUGCCACUUCCAGGCACCCAGACGAGAAGCGACCCUGGGGUCUUAGGAGAGAAGGAAACUAGUGCGGGCCCAAGACCUGGGGCCCCUGAACCGGCAGCACCCUUGGGUGACUGUCCCAAAUUCAAGGCCCAGCUGCCUCCACAGGGAAGGGGCUUGGCCUCUCGGACAUCGUCUGCUGUAUGCAGCCUGGGCCUCGGACAUGCGGAGGGCAGUUUGCCACCCUGGAGGACCGCCAGUCCCUCGAUGGGGAGCGACGGGUCACCUGUGUGUGUCACCUUCCCGCCUCUCCGUAGCAAGAAAAGGAGCUUCUGCACCUCUUCCCUCAUGAUGAUGAAACUGGUAUUAACUGAAUGGCACUUAUGGAUUUUUAACUCUAAUUCGCAGUAAGCCAGCAAGCCACAUGCGUAAUCCAACCAAAAAUCGUUCUGUUUUGCCGCGCGCGUCUCGUCCGACUGGGAGAAGCUUCGAGCGACCGCCUGUACAAAGAGGAAUCUAAGUUCUCGCUCCCCGAGGACCACCGCUGAGGCAGAAAGAGAAGACGUCCUAAUUUAUCCGUAAAGAUAUAUGAUAGUUUAUUUAUCUAGAUAGAGUGCAUAUAUAUAUAUAUUUUGGUGGUGAUGAAAAUGGCUCCGCAGAAUGCCGACGCGGAAUCUAUGCAAGUUCAGGAGUUGCCCGUGGCCCUGCCGGACCUGAAGCCGGGAGGCACGGAGGCCGAGCCGCGGGACGAGACCAUCAGCGAGGGCUCCAUAGACCGCAUCCCCGUGCGCCUGUGGGUGAUGCACGGCGCCGUGAUGUUUGGCCGGGAGUUCUGUUACGCCAUGGAGACGGCGCUGGUCACGCCCAUCCUCUUGCAGAUCGGCCUGCCGGAGCAGUACUACAGCCUCACCUGGUUCCUGAGCCCCAUCCUCGGCCUCAUCUUCACGCCCCUGAUCGGCUCCGCCAGCGACCGGUGCACCCUGAGCUGGGGCCGCCGGCGGCCCUUCAUCCUGGCGCUGUGCGUGGGCGUGCUCUUCGGGGCCGCCCUCUUCCUCAACGGCUCGGCCAUAGGUCUGUCCCUCGGCGAUGUCCCCAACCGGCAGCCCAUUGGCAUCGUGCUCACGGUGCUGGGAGUGGUGGUCCUGGAUUUCAGCGCUGACGCCACCGAGGGGCCCAUCCGAGCCUACCUGCUGGACGUGGUGGACAGCGAGGAGCAGGACAUGGCUCUGAACAUCCACGCCUUCUCUGCCGGUCUUGGUGGGGCCAUCGGCUACGUGCUAGGGGGGCUGGACUGGACUCAGACCUUCUUGGGCUCCUGGUUCCGCACGCAGAACCAGGUGCUCUUCUUCUUCGCGGCCAUCGUCUUCACGGUGUCGGUGGCCCUGCACCUGCUCAGCAUCGAGGAGGAGCAGUACAGCCCCCAGCAGGAGCGCAGCGUGGAGGCGGCCGACGCGCUGGCUCCCGGCCUCCGCGCCAGCGUCCUGGACGGCGGCGCCCUGUUCCCCGACGAGGUGCAGUCGGAGCACGAGCUGGCCCUGGACUACCUGGACGCGGGCCUGGCGCGCAGCAAGAGCGACUCGGUGCUGCACGUGCCCGACGCCGCGCUGGACCUGGAGCCCGAGCUACUCUUCCUGCACGACAUCGAGCCCUCCAUCUUCCAGGACGCCUCCUACCCCAGCACGCCCCGCAGCACCAGCCAGGAGUUCGCCAGGGCCCGGCCGCCGCGCCUGCCCCCGCUGCGGCGGGAGCCCGCCGGGGAGGAUGAGACCCUGCUGGAGAACCACCUGGACGCAGCCCGGCUCCCGAACGGGGGCGGCUCCCCGCCAUGCGACGGCCUCGUCGGCUUCAGCAGGGCGGACGUGAAGCCCCCGGUCGCGUCGGGCUCCGUGCGGCGGCGCCGGCACAUGUUCCGCCGGCAGGCUUCCAGCACCUUCUCCUACUACGGCAAGAUCGGGUCCCACCGCUACCGCUACCGGCGGGCCAACGCCGUGGUUCUGAUCAAGCCCUCGCGCAGCAUGAGCGACCUCUACGACCUGCAGAAGCGGCAGCGGCAGCGCUGCCGGCGCCGGCAUCAGAGCGGGGCCACCACGUCCAGCGGGGACACAGAGAGCGAGGAGGGGGAGGGCGAGACCACCGUGCGGCUGCUGUGGCUGUCCAUGCUGAAGAUGCCCAAGGAGCUGGUGCGGCUCUGCCUCUGCCACCUGCUCACCUGGUUCUCCGUCAUCGCCGAGGCCGUGUUCUACACCGACUUCAUGGGCCAGGUCAUCUUCGAGGGGGACCCCAAGGCCCCGUCCAACUCUACGGCCUGGCAGGCCUACAACUCGGGCGUGAAGAUGGGCUGCUGGGGACUGGUCAUCUACGCGGCCACAGGUGCGACCUGCUCAGCCCUGCUGCAGAAGUACCUGGACAACUACGACCUGAGCAUCAGGGUCGUCUACGUGCUGGGGACGCUGGGCUUCUCCCUGGGCACGGCGGUGAUGGCCGUGUUCGCCAACGUCUACGUGGCCAUGGCCAUGAUCAGCUCCAUGGGCGUCGUCUCCAUGAGCAUCUCCUACUGCCCCUACGCCUUGCUCGGCCAGUACCACGACAUCAAGGAGUACGUCCAGCACAGCCCCGGGAGCUCCAGGCGAGGCUUUGGCAUAGACUGCGCCAUCCUCUCCUGCCAGGUCUACAUCUCCCAGAUCCUGGUGGCCUCCGCCCUGGGCGGCGUGGUCGACGCCGUUGGGACUGUGCGUGUCAUCCCCAUGGUGGCCUCCGUGGGCUCGUUCCUGGGCUUCCUGACGGCCACCUUCCUGGUCAUCUACCCCGAGGUGUCCGAAGAGGCCAAGGAGGAGCAGAAGGGCUUGUCUUCCCAGCCGCUGGGCGAAGGCGGGAGCGGCGGCGGCGAGAAGCCCACCGUGCUGCGGCUGUCCCGGAAGGAGGGCCCGCAGGGGCCCGUGGAGACCGAGUCCAUGGUCUGAGCCGCGCUGGCACGCGCGUCCCGGGGGCGCAGGGAGGCAGGGGGCGCACGCCGCCCCGCGGGCUGGCUGCUUGGGCCUGGGCGGCCUGCACAGCCCAGAGCCGCUUGGCACAGCUGAGGCGCGGUGGCCGUGGGGGAGGUUUGCGCCACGAGGCAACAAUGCCAGCCGCGUUCACUACGUUUUCCACAAUUAAAAGAAAUCGUUUGAAAUCUUUUUUUUUUAAUCGAAAAAGAUCUUCUAAUUUCAACGGUAUCUUUUAUUCUGCAGGUAUAUUACUCUGCAUGUUUUAAAACUGUAAACCAGAUUUACAAUAUAGACAAUAAGCAAUUUAGAAAAAAAGUAAGAUUUCUGCAUUUCUAAAGUCAUCAUUGAAAACAAAAUAUAUGAUGUCCUUUGCUAUAUCUUAUCUGAAUACUUCAGAUAACAGUCGUGUAGUCAGUGACUAAAACAUUUUUAUCCAAUUUUUCCCCUGUGGAUGCCUACAGGUAUUUGGACGUUCUGUCAGAUCUCGUCACAUUUUGUUGGUGCUGCAGCUAUUGGAGAGUAUUUUUCUCUUUGAUUAUUUUCGGGGGGAAAAGUUCUUCCCCCCCCCCCCCCCAAACUGUGGUUUUCUUAGAAGAACAGCAUCUCCUGUUUUCCUCAGAGUUUUGCAGAUUGUGCCCGGUCAGCCCUGUUCCAGGGCGGCGGGCAGUGGCAGCAGUGACACCAAAGCUGGGAGGAAGCAGGGCCCCGGGAUUCUCAUGGGGAGACCAGGGCGAGUCACGGGCUGGGAUGGGAGGCCCGCGGGGCGGCCUGGAGCUGGCAGUUUGGCCCCACGCGUGGGCGCGCCGGUGCCCAGCCCCCGGCCCCCAAUUUGUCCCAGGGCCCCCAGAGGGGCUGUGCCUCGCCUGGCACUUCGGCCCAUCUUUCAGCCACUCGCUGGGGAGACAGACGACGGGCAGGGCUCCGGCCGCCAGGCCCGUGCUCCUCUGGCCUCCACGCCUGCGCGCCCCACUUGCUGCCACAAUCGGAACCGUCUCACGGUGAAGAGAGGGUAUCUUUGGGACAAAAGGAAGGUCCCCUCAUGGGUCAGCUCGAGCGGAAUUCCUGGGUCCCGAGAGCACCAAGCUCGGGUGCCCGGGCGGCGCUGUCGUCACCUCCGCAGCUGCUUGGAAAUAUGCUCUUCGAACCACAGUCUCUUUAUAACUAAGCAGUUUCUGCUUUGGCUUCUUCGGGACAGCCAGUCUGCGUUUGCCGAUCUCAGGAGGAGGAGGACGGCCUGCUCUUUCCGGAGAGAGGGAGACAGUUAUAAUACUUCGCUGCCUCAAGUUGAUGGUUUUUUUUUUUUUAAAUAAAGUACUUUAAAGUGCAUGAGAAUCAUGCUGCAAUAUGAUCACAUUCUAAAGCCAAUAUAUCUAUAUAUCUAUUUCAAGAUGAAACUAAGCAGUUUUUAAAUAAACGACUUGAAUUUUCUAUGUAUCAAAAGGAACAGCUGUGUUUACUGUACUUGGCCGGCCUCUGGUCUUGCCCUGUCUCGGUCGCUGGGGGCACCUUGCAGGCUGUGACUCGUGUCUGAGGAGCAGCGGUCCCCGUCCACAUCGGACGCGUCCACGGGCCACGUGUCGCUCCCCUCAGAAGCACAGGAUCACGCAGAACCAACCAGAAGACACAAGCAUUUUCCACGUGCGUGCCCUGGAGAGCAGCCUGGGACAGGAAAUCCAUCCUACCACCGAAGGCCCGGCCGGCAUUCCCGCCACCCCCACUGAUGCCCCUGGCCAGCCAAUGUGCCCCCACAGGUGCCCUGGCAGCUCCCUGAUAACGCAGUUGGACCGCCCGAGUGGCUUUAGGAUGGGGGCCGCCUCUGCCGUGGUCUUGGCUGUGGUCACGCCGUCCCGACUGCUGCUGCUGCGUGGCUGCUUUGCUCCCCGGGGUCCCUGGCAGUGAGAAGACAGGGAGGCCAGAAAGCAGAGAAUACGGGGAGGGGUCGUACAGCCCAAGUCAGGCUCGGAGGUGGACCAGCCGGAGGGGCAGCACCCCCUGGGCCCGCCCAUGUCCAUGGCCAGCGCUCAGGGACGUGCAGCCGGCCCAGGGCCCGCCUGGGGCCGGAGGGGCUUACGGCAGGACCACCGCCUGAAAAGCCUGUUGACAGCCCUCGAGACCCCAGCCCGAGACUCGAUUGUCAUCUGGAAGAGUGAAGACACCCGCGGAUGUUUCGUUGAAGCCGCCUUGAGGAGCGUGCCCGCGGUGAAGGCGUGCGAGGCGCGUGGCUGCUGUCGGCCCCUCGGGGCGGCAGUGGUUGCACUGGGCAGGUCUGCACAGGUUCCGAAGCCCUUUGGAUGUUCAUGACCAAAGCGUGUCUUACUGCGUCUGUCUGGGCGAGCAGGUGCCUUGCAGUCUGCACCAGAGGAGCAGUUGUGGAGCUGGCCUCCGACAAUGCCCUCCCGGCCCCUCGCAGGUGGGGGGCCGUUGAGCAGGCAGGUGUGUGUGUUGGGGUGCUUGGGGUGAGUGCUUUCAGCUCCGCUCCAUCCUUGCAAUGAGAUUAUUCCCAGGUUGCACUGACUUGAAACUCUGUGUCAUCACCUAGUGUCUUAAGAAAGGCUGAGCGAGGCAGGCCGACUGUGGCGGGCGUGCGUGCUCUCUAAUGCUGCACCUCAGACUCGGCGGGGAGGCGGCGUCUGCCCCAGAGCAGGUCCUCUGUGGCCCGCUCGCUGGAAAGGCCCUCUGUCCCAUGCGCCAGCCGAGGGGACUGGUCAGGCUGUGGUCAGUGGGCUGUGGCGCCACUGGGUCGGCUGGCCGGGUGGCUGAGGCUAGAGACAGCUGGGAGUGGGGGUCACAGGUCAGAGGGCUGGGAGUGGGUUUGGCAGGGAUUUGGUUGGUCACCACGUAAUAUUAGUGGACUAGUUGCCAAAAGGGGGUAGGUCUGACUUGCAUCUUUUGUUCCCUAUAAAAGUCAAGCUGAGUGCAGAAUCUUAGAGAUGCCCCAGACACGCGGCAGAGUCUGCGCCUGGCAGGAGGGCACCCAGGGGAAGGCGUGGAGGCUGUCGGUGUCAGCCAGGUGGCCCUUUGUCCCCAUGGUGUCUGCAUUUAGCACAGUGACGCUCCCAGGUGGCUGGAGGGCUGGCCGUGGCGUCCAGCCUGCUGAGCUGCCCCAGGAGUCUCGGGGACCAGCAGUGUUCCGGCUGGGAGGUGGGGGCUGGGCCCCAGAUAGUCCUCAGGUGUGUUUCUCAAGGCACAGGUGUGUGGCGAGGUCACUCUGUCCCCGCCCCCCCCCCAAAAGUGGAGCCUCUCCGAGGGCAGGAGUGACCUAGGCUGUGCGAAAGGGCAGUCUUCUCUCCCUGGUGGCCCGGGCCUCUGCCGCCUGUGCUGUUUGUGCGGCGUGUCUGAAAAUCACUCCAAAGGUACCAGCCUUUCCCUCCCAGGGCUGACGGUGUGCACGGCAGCCGGCGACAGAGGCGCCUCCACGUUCACGUGAUGCGAAGCGACUUCGAGCUGGUGCCCCGGCUUCUGUCCACCUCAGCCCCCGGCCGUGAGCGCAGGCGCACCUGCCAGGGUCCUCCUUGAGGGCCGCUGCCGGGAAGAUGCACGGCCGUCUGUCCUGUCCCAUCUGCGGGCGGCUGCUGCUGAGACGCCCCAUCCAUCUUCCUGUCCGCUUCCAGGCCCGCUGGAGGGGCUGCCCCCCAGAACCCACUAACUGAGCACCCUGGGCACGGCUGUCGGGUGCCGUGGACGCGGCACGACCCUCGGACACCCACACGCUUGGGGGCUCUGCCUUCACCUUCUCAUUACCUCUUCGUGGGGAGCCGGCCACCCCGGACCUGGCCCCUCUGCCGGUCACCCUCGGGACUGGGCCGGCUCCGUGGGGACCUCCGGCAGCGAGCUGAGCGGUCUGCGUGUCUCCGGUGCCGUGGACCAAGACGCUCGGGGUGGCAGGACAAGCCGAUUAUUGGAAAUGCCCCUUGUUACCAGAGAAACUCCGGGGCAUCUCGGAACAAAACUUAUUUAGUUCCAUUGUGAACUGGCCACAGGACAACUUUCUAUCAACUUAUUAAGUUGGAGCACUGUCCUAGCUGUCGCUGAUUCUAGCAGUGACACAAGUGUGUGUUAAACACAUGAUGCUUCAUGAGGAAGGGACUGUGAAGACGAGUACUCGCUCGCAUCGCUCAACUUUCUACAGGGUGGGCGGACGCGGCCUGGGGUCUGUGUGUCCACGCAGGGCCCUUGGCCCCGUGCCUCCUCCCGGGAGCUGCAGCUGCCGGGCGCUGUCUGUCCCCCACACCCGUGCACAGGCCUGUCCACGUGGCGCUCACCUCCGCGUGUAGACCCGGCCCUCCCUGCGUCGGCUCUGCUCUGUCACCUCCGUGGCUGUAUCUCAAUAAACCUUUCCCGACCAGGU